AUGCUUCUGACUGGUCCUAUAAACCAUAAACAACACUACAUUGCUGGAAGUACUAGUUGUGCUCCAGCUGUCGUCGGGUGUGGACGUGUCUGUCUCUCUGUCGCCUCAGUGAACGAUGGCACUGUCGCGGUUUGGUCAAGUUUUUGGUCGCUGGAAAGGUGCCAUCAUCGGCAUGAUUCACGUCAAGGCUCUACCAGGUACGCCACUGAACCAGUAUGGGGUCGACCAGUUGGUAGAGAUGGCAUGUACCGAGGCCCAGAUUUACAAGGAGGCUCAUGUUGACGGAGUUUUGGUGGAGAAUAUGUUUGAUGUGCCUUAUGUUAAGAGGUCAUCACUAGGACCUGAAGUUGUUGCUUGCAUGACCAAAGUUUGUUGUGAGGUGCGAAGAAUCAUCCCACGGAGUGUACCCUGUGGUGUUCAGAUGUUGCCAGUAAUGUUGAUAUUCCUGUUUUGAUUGGUUCUGGAGUGACUAAGGAAAACGUUCACAAAUUUGUGGAUGCCAACGGCUUAAUUGUUGGUUCGCACUUCAAAACUGACGGAAAGUACGCCACUGAACCAGUAUGGGGUCGACCAGUUGGUAGAGAUGGCAUGUACCGAGGCCCAGAUUUACAAGGAGGCUCAUGUUGACGGAGUUUUGGUGGAGAAUAUGUUUGAUGUGCCUUAUGUUAAGAGGUCAUCACUAGGACCUGAAGUUGUUGCUUGCAUGACCAAAGUUUGUUGUGAGGUGCGAAGAAUCAUCCCACGGAGUGUACCCUGUGGUGUUCAGAUACUGGCAGGAGGGAACCAGGAAGCUUUAGCUGUCAGCAAAGCCUGUGGAUUGCAGUUCAUCCGUGCUGAGUGUUUUGUGUUCUCUCACGUAGCGGAUGAAGGCUUGAUGGAUGGCUGUGCUGGGUCUUUGCUACGCUACCGACGUACAAUUGGUGCUGAGGAUGUUUUGGUGUUCGCUGACAUAAAGAAGAAACACAGCGCCCACGCCAUAACAAGCGAUGUCGACAUUGUGGCCACGGCUGAGGCGGCCAAGUUCUUCCUGGCCAACGGUGUGGUUAUUACUGGCUCGGCCACUGGCCAAGAAGCAGACCACAAUCAGCUACAUGAUGUUGCCAGUAAUGUUGAUAUUCCUGUUUUGAUUGGUUCUGGAGUGACUAAGGAAAACGUUCACAAAUUUGUGGAUGCCAACGGCUUAAUUGUUGGUUCGCACUUCAAAACUGACGGAAAGUGGACGGGUAAGGUAGAAUAUGAUAGGGUCAGGUCAUUUACCGACCUCGUAAAACAGCUGCGAGGAGAGUGACAACAACUGCUUUGAUACCAUUGUUUUCAAGAUCGUACAAUGUGAUCAGGUCAUUUACUGACCUAAAACAACUGCGAUGAUGACAACAACUGUUGUGACACCAUUGUUUUGAAGAUAAUCCUAGGUAGGGGGUCAGGUCGUUCAUUGGCCUGGCAAAACAACCGCAGGAAGAGUGACAACAUUAAUGGUGCACAGAUGUUACAGUAUACAGUACAUGAAGGAUAUGUUACAAGUACGUGUGUUUGUUUACAAAUUUAUAAAAAAUAAAAGAAAACCGUACAA